AUGACAUUUUCAAUAAGAGAGAUAGCGGCUAGUCUGAAUUAUUUAACAAGAAAUAAUCAAUAUAACCCUUUUAAUUAUGAUAGAAGGGAUUAUAGUUGUAAUUGUGAAGAAACGAUACGUAAAUUAUUGUCUAUAGUCGAAGAGCUGGCAACACGAACAAAGAAUCCACCGGCACCACCACCACCAUCUAUUCAAGUUGUAUACAUUCCGUAUAAAGUUCCUGAAAAUUUCAAAGGAAAACCAAACCAAAAUAUAACCAUUAAGCCAAGAUUAAUCGUUGAUGAUCCUAACAUGAUCUGGAUGAAUUCUCCAAAUAAAGAUGUAGAUGAGACUGAAGAAGAAGACGAUGGUGCAAGACCGGGCUCAUUCAAAUCAUUCGCUUCUAAGAAAUAUGAUUUUACUUCCCCAUUGGAAAAAAGAAAUUACGAAGAUGAGGCAACAACUUCAAAACCACUGGAAGUUUCUUGUGAGGGAGCUAUAUUAUAUUGUUGCGGGAAGCAACACGACGAAUUGGAGAAAUGCUUUGCUAAUUAUAAUUGUACGAAGACUUUCAACACUCGAAAAGCUUGUGAUCCUCAGAAUAUAAAUAAGAUUGUGGAAAAAUUAUCAAGCAUGUAUGGGCCCAUCAAAGAAUUUUAG